AUGUCCACAGCAGGAGAACUCAUCCAGCAGCACCCGGCCAACGUAGUGGCCAAUCCUGGGUACAAGACCACAUCCGAUAAAGCCUGGGCCCACGAUUACAACCCAAUAAAAACGACAAUUGUGCAUACCAUUAUAAGGAAUGGUAUUACCGAUGCUAACUUUGAGGAUGCCUUCAUGGGCAUGGAGAAUGACGACGAAUUACGCUUUCGUCAGCCAGCCGUCCGAACAAAUCAACGACACUGGAGACUGGAGACCGAAGCAGACUGCGAGAAUUGGUUCAACACUGAGAUAACAAAAGUUGUCCUUUCUGCAUGGCAUGACUAUCCACCGCUUAUGCAGACCUCUCACACAAAGCCCCUUUCGGAAGAAAACAUAUCCGAGAAUGUGGACUGUACAUUCUCUGUGAAAGUGGCUCCAUUACCAGGAGUGGACAAAGAAGUCUAUCGCAAGAGCUUAGAGGUUACGCAAGCAAAUACCAGUGCCCUCAGGUAUUUUGCUUUGACGGUUCUAGAUUGGUACUUCUGCAAUUCCGAGCGUAUCGAGUUGAUGACAUCAAGAGCGACACGUGCCCGAUUGACUGCUGGGUGA